AUGAAUUCACACUGUGUCACUGGAGGAUGGGUCCUUGGAAAUGUCAUUGAUGGGACCCAAGCAGAGUAUGUCCGCAUCCCUCACGCAAAUAAUUCACUUUACAAGCUUCCUGGAAAUAUUGACCCAUGGGAAAUGAUAUCUCUUUCUGACGCGCUGCCUACGGGGAUGGAGUGUGGAACCCUCAAUGCCAAUGUUCAGCCGGGGAACUCAGUGGCGGUCGUCGGAGCUGGGCCUGUCGGUCUGGCUGCAAUGCUCACAGCGAAGCUAUAUGCACCCUACCCUGUCGUUGCGAUUGACAUUGAUAAUUCAAGGCUUGAGCACGCUCAAAGGCUUGGUGCUGAUAAAGUCAUCAAUACGAAAUCGCCUAAUGCCAUGGAGGAGCUCGAUACGAUUGUCGAGGGAAGAGGGUUUGAUUCGGUGAUUGAAGCAGUCGGGCAGCCAUCAACUUUCGACCUCUGUCAGAAGUUGCUGGCGCCUGGUGGCUCUCUGGCAAAUAUAGGUGUUCACGGUCAAAAGGUAUCUCUUGAUCUGGACGAGCUCUGGGAUCGCAACAUAAGUAUCAAAACCCGACUGGUUGACACUCUCUCAAUCCCCCUUCUUCUGCGCCUCUGCCAGGUCGGCCGACUCCGACCUGCAUUAAUCACGCACCGUUAUCCAUUCUCAGAUAUAAUGAAGGCUUAUCAAGUAUUCGAAAACGCUUCAGAAGAGGGCGCCUUGAAAGUUGGAAUCCAUUUCUGA